GGAAGUUUCCAACCUUUCGACUGCUCCCUGCCUUUAUAUCAAGAUUUUCAUAGCCAUUCUCCCAUCCCUAAUCCACCCACGAUCGAGUCUUGCCCCUUCUGCACCAUUCUCUUGAAGCACGAACUCUUGCAGGAAUACAACACAGUCAUGGCGGAUGCACAGCGCAUUUAUCCAGCCAACGAGGACGUAGAAAAGGCAUCACAGAUGAACGCGCGGCCCAGCACUCCUCUGGCUUCCAGAUCGAGCCUCAUGUCCGAGAAAGGAGACCCUUCAGCUAAUCGAGGCCAGCUUAGGGACGUUAAAUUUCCUAAAGAGCAAAUGAUUCCCUCAAGGCAGCCCCACAGAUAUUACGCCCCCCCUCCCAGGCGCGGCCGUAAUACCUGCUGCCGCUGCCUCGUCUGGACAUUUUGCUUCCUCCUGCUCUUGGUUGUAGCCAUCGCCAUAGCUGCUGCAAUUCUCUACGCUGUCUUCAAGCCCAAAAUACCCAAUUAUUCAGUCGACAAUAUUCAGAUUACAAGGUUCUCCCUUGGUGCAGGCGCCACUGUUUCCUCUCAGUUUGCGGUCGAUGUUACAGCGAGGAAUCCGAACAAAAAGAUUGGCAUUGAUUACUUAGACGACAGCUAUCUUGCGGUUUUCUACACCGGCACAGAGCUAUGCAAGGGCAAACUUCCUGCUUUUUAUCAGGGCCACAGGAAUACUACUAAUUUAGACGUUACUCUCACCGGAACUGACGUCCAAAUUUCCAGUGACAUGGUCAGGUCGCUGACUGCACAGCGCCAAGUGGGAAGUAUUCCCCUGCUUUUGAAAGCCGAUGUUCCAGUGAAAGUCAAGUUUGGGAAGCUUAAAACGAUGAAGAUUACUUUUCGCGUGCGUUGUGAUCUGGUGAUUGACAGUUUGGAUGCCAACGCUAGUAUUAACAUUAGCAAGAAGAACUGCAAGGUGAAGCUUUGAGGAGACCUACAGGUGUUCUAUAUUAUAGCUUUCUUUAUUUUUUCUGUCUUUACAGAAGACGAAAGGGCGAGCAGUUUGUAAUUUGAUCAUUAUUAGGGUGCUUGUAUUCUUAUAUUCUUUUUCCUGUUCCAUUAGUUUGUAUUCAUCUGUAUCAUCACCAUUACACUAUAUUUCGAGAUUGUUAGUUCUGGUUACAAACCAAAUACAGAUACUUGUUGUUUCAUAUUAAAUAUACGUGUUUUUUCUUUUA